CGAAAGACACUUACUGCCGGAGCUCACUUUGACUUUGACUUUGGUUUGGAGACCCGAACUUCUUCAUAUUCUUCUUCCUCCUCCGCGCGUUCGAAGGACUUAAGACUUUCCACGCAGGGGAAGAAUGCAGAGGGAUGAAGUCUCCACGAGUUGGUCGCAAUGAGCGCGUUCGGACGUUGACAAGCGGCUUUUAUGGAUCGACUCAGUGACUGACUUUUCUUAUUUUUUCCCCAUUCUUUUUUCCGUCCCUGCUUAGUUAAUUCCAAAGUAAAACAGUGGAUUAUUAUUAAUAUCAAUUAUUGCAUUGAAGGUUGUUGCGUCUGCGCUGGUAAUUUGGACUUGAAAGAGGAUAUUGUGCUUUUAUUUUUCCUUUUUCCUUCAAAAGCGGAUUAAUCUUUGGGAUUUUCCCCCCCCCUAAAAUCAUCGGAAUCCACCUCUUUAACAUGAAGUCCCACACUGCGUGGAUGUGCAUCUGCAGCUUUCUCCUGCUCUUAGAUGAGACGUCCGGUUCCUGGGACGGCUCCUCGGCUCUGUCCGUGGUGCCCUCGGCCGACGGCGACCCCGGGUCCGAAGGCGCCUCGCCGGAACUGGUGGACUGCAUCCAGGCCAGCGACAUGUGCAACCAGAACCCGCACUGCAGCUCCCGGUACCGCGUGAUGCGCCAGUGCCUCGUGGGCAAGGAGAAGGAGGCCAUGCUGGACAACAACAGGGAGUGCCAGGCGGCCUUGGAGGUGCUGCUGGUCAGUCCGCUGUUUGACUGCCGCUGCAAGAGAGGCAUGAAGAAGGAACUGCAGUGUCUCCAGAACUACUGGACCAUCCACAUGGGACUCACCGAAGGUGGCGACAUGGAGGACUCAUCCCCGUAUGAACCAGCACCACCCGGACGACACCAGGAUGCUUUCCGCUUGGCCUCCAUCUCCUCAGGGAUGCUCACAGUGGCCCCGAAAGGAUUCCACUGUGCCGACGCCGAGAGAACCUGCAACCCCUGCCUGGACGCGGUCAAAGCCUGCAACCUCAACGGCACUUGCAAGAGGCACCGCUCGGCGUACAUCGCCACCUGCAUCAAGGAAGACACCAACAAAGGGGAAACCUGCAGCAAGAAGCGCUGCCACAAAGCGCUCAGGCUCUUCCUGGACCGCGUGCCCGCCGAGUUUAGCCACCGCCUGCUUUUCUGCCCCUGCCAGACCGAGGGCUGCGCCGAGCGCCGGCGCCAGACCAUCGUGCCCGAUUGCUCCUACCGAGAAAAGGACACGCCCAACUGUCUGGAGCUGAGGAAGGUCUGCCGCCAGGACACGCUCUGCAGGUCCAGGCUGGCUGAUUUCAUGGCGAACUGCCGCAGCAUCCCACCCACGGUGAGCACCUGUCCCAACCAAGACAAUCACCAAGCCUGCUUGGCCUCCUACACAAGGCUCAUCGGGACGGAGAUGACGCCCAACUAUGUGGACAGCAACUUCAGCCAGUGGACCAUCUCGCCAUGGUGCACUUGCAAAGGCAGCGGAAACCAGGAGGAAGAGUGCACCGACUUCCUGAGGAGCUUCUCCGACAACACCUGCCUGAGAAAUGCCAUUCAGGCCUUUGGUUAUGGUCUGGACUACAUGACGAUCAAGAACGCAUCCGUCCUCGACCCCUCGGCCACGAUGAAGACGGGGUCGGACAGAUCGGCAUAUACCACGGAGCCCCCGUUUGUGACCAUCGUGAAGUAUCCCGAACCGAGAGACGGCGGGCCGGGCAAACCUCAGGGCCUGCCAGAGGAUCAGUGCGCGUGUGUGCGUGCCAACGUCUGGGCUCUGCUCCCCGGCCUGGCCUUGGCUCUGCUCCUGGCUCAACACGCCUUAUAGAAGUGCCAGGACGGGGGAGGGGAGGUCGCCCUCCCACCAGCUCGUCCCAAAAGCAGAAGGUGUCGUUUCUCCACUGAUAUGAAGAAGGCCCGUUUUGAUUUGAAAGGGAAAAGUCAUUCAUUUGAUGUCAUCCCACCACGGAACUACGGACGGGACUUCUUUUACAAACGGACCCUCGCCGCCACGAGGGCCACACCCCCUCUGACAGAGACUUCUCGGGAGAAGAAUGGUUUAGAAAGACUUUUUGCUUCUUACGAGGGAGGGUCCGGUCCGCCUCUUUAUCACUAUUGUAAACUCCAAAUCUGUAAACGCUACUCCGUGGUCUAAGUGUCGGUAUUUAGUAUCCGUGACCAUAAUCCAUCUACCGCAUUUUUCCGGGCGUGCGCCGUCGUUCUUUGGUCAUCCGAAGUGUUGCUGUUGACGCCCUGUGGCUGUGUGCCGUACAUCCACUUGCACAUGUGAAUAUAAAUGUCUCUAUAUGUAUUUAUUGGGGGAAAGUGGGGGGAAAAAAGAAGAUUUUCCUUUUUUUUCGGUCCAAGGA